AACAGGGCAGAAAGGAAGAGCUCUGGUUUAUGUUUUGAGAGCAAAGAUUCCCCACCGAGGAGUGAAGGAGAAAGAGGUCAUCCGUACCCCAGCAGAAAAUCCUCUUGCGAGAGUGUAGGCAAAUGGAAAUCCACCUUCUCCCCGAUCUCUGAUGCAGCUCCCAGCCGCACCCCUGACAGCCCCGCCUCAUCCCCAUGCUGCAGUAACCAUUAUUCAUCUGGUGAUGGGGCUCGUCGAGGUUCUGGGGGUAUGAGUCCAGGGUCAGCUAGCAGUCUUGGCGAACACACCCGAGCAGACGUGGGCAGAGCACCCGAGGGCAACUUGUUCCUGAGUAAAAAGUUGGCAUCUGAUUGUGGAAAGAGAGAGGAGAGGGGUCCAAGCUCAAGAGUUGAUCGAUCCAAAGCUCCUCGCAGUCGGGAAAGGGAUGGGGAGGGACGAGCAGGGAGCAACUUAUUCAUGUCACAGGGAACAGGGGUCCUACUGAAUGGGAAGGGCCCUGGCUUGACACCCCUUCAAACACACCACCAUCUCUUGAGCAACCUGACAACUGGCUCCCAGCUUACACUGCAGGGUGGCCUCACUUCAAUGGCCAGCAAUUCAGUACUGCAGUCUCUCUUCAGCUCCAUGCCUGUACAUGUGACUGGCCCAGUUGGCCGUCUAGCUAAUUCCCAUGGCAUGGCCAGUUUCACAUCGCCUGGAGUGACCGGUGGAACAGUAGGAGGUAUUUAAUAAUCUACCUCACUUGAAUUCGCCUAUGCAAAGACAGACCUGCUAUUUUGUUCUUUUUUUUUGGUGUAUUUUGUUGUUUUCUCCACCUUCCAUCACACAAAAAAAAGAAAAGGUGCUCAACACAAGUCGAGGGCAAUUUUGUUCCCCUCAAUCCUUCCUUUUGUAGCUACCACUGGUUCAAGCUAAAAUCACUUCAUCUUUUACCAAUUUCUGCGCUAGGACACACUUACCCUUAUUCCACUGUGAAUGAGAUUCUUGCAACAAGAUCCGGGAAAAACAACCGUACUUUUAUUUAUAUUAGAGGUUGUUAUUUUUUUGUAUGCUUUUUUUUUUUUUUGUAAGUUUGUGGGGUUCUUUUAAAUUUUUGUGGAGGACGUAGCUCAACAGAUGAGCAGAAAAUUGGAUUUGGCACUUGAAUUUGAGAGUCACAUGAGGCAUAUGGCAAGAUUUCUGUCACUAUACCGCCAUGCAGAUUCAACUGGUGCUACAUGUACAAGAUUGUGCCUCAGUCAAUUGGUGCUGUAAAGUUGCGGUGCUUUUUGAACAGUACACACUGGAACGUCUAGAUCCAUUGUGUCAAUAAAUGUGUGCUUAAUUUAUUAAUGACUUCUGUACCUAUGUUACCAAAGUACAUUUUCCUCUGUUCCUAGUAAGAUGACAGAUGUCUGUCUGCUCAGAGAAUUGAACGCUCCUCCCUCUCUUUGUUGUUGGUCUCCCCUAUAUCCCAGAUGAUGAUAUGGCAGCUAUGUGUGUGAUUGCAGCAGUAGGAAUGGUUGAACUCCAGGUUAUUAAGGCGCAGUAACUGUUGGGCCUAGAGUUGUUUGUAGAUGUAAAAUGGUGAUGUAAGUUAUGAAUUUAAAGAUCGUUUUUUUUUUUUUUUUUUAAAUACUUGAUUUCAUUUAAACAUAAUUUAAGCUAAAUUGCAUACAUAUGCUUAUAUUGUAAAUGUGUGUAUAUGACAUUUGUGUAUAGGUACAUAUUUAUAUGUAUAUAGAUUUUAACAUAUAUCAAAGUAUGGUUAUGCUGUCAUGCAUCUGAAACAUCUCGUUAGAAGUUCUAUCUGGGGCCAAACAUUCACACUCUCUCUUUUCAGAACAGGGUCUUGUCAUUCAUGUAACUGAAGUCUGUAGCCGGACUUGGCUCUGAAGCCGCUUUUUUAGUUAUGAUAGAAUAAAUGAUACUUUUAUAAGACGUACAGUUUGGCCAGGCUUCAGAC